AUGAGGCCCAACACGAGGCUGACCGUGCGUUUGGGCCCUUGGCUCGCCGCUCGCGCAAGGCGGUCGGUAACGACGACGAGCUCGGCGGCGUCGAACCGUGACAGUCAGACCUUUCGCCUGCCCGACGGCCGUCUCCUGGGCUUCGCCGAGUACGGUUGCCCCGACGGCAAGCCUCUCCUCUACUUCCACGGAUACCCCUCCUCGCGCUUCGAAGCGAAGCCCGUCGAUGAUCUGGCCCGCAAGAUGGGCGUCCGCUUCAUCUCGCUCGAGCGGCCCGGCUUCGGUCUCUCGAGUCCGCAGCCGCACCGCCGGCUCCUCGACUGGCCCGUCGACGUCGAGCGCUUCGCCAAGGACAAGGGGCUCGACCGCUUCGCCGUCAUGGGCCUCUCCGGCGGCGGGCCCUACGCCCUCGCCUGCGCCUACGCCCUGCCCAGAGGCAUGCUCACCGCCGUCGGCCUCUUCGCCAGCGGUCCGCAGUGGAAGGCCGGCGCGCACCGGAUGACCUUGACCCGCCGGCUGACCAAGCACAUGGCCAACUCGUGGCCGGCGACGCUGCGGGUCACCGUCGACGCCAUGAUCAGGACGAUGCGCUGGAUCGCCGCGAGGGACGUGGCCCGGCGCCGGCUCGACCGCUGGUUCGCCCGCCUCCUCGCCAAGGGUCAGGAGAAGCCCGGGACGGACGAGGCCAAGGCGAAGCUCCUGCGGUCGGCUCGGGAGGAGAGGGAGCGCAUGGUCAAGAUCGUGCUCGAGGAACCGUUCGCCCAAGGCGCCGACGCCGCCGUCGAGGAGGCGAGGCUGCUCUCGGACCUCGACUGGGGCUUCGCCCUCGAGGACGUCGACUUCGAUCCCAUCCGCAUCUGGCACGGCAGCGUCGACGUCAACGCGCCCAUCGAGAUGAUGCGCUGGAUGCAGCGGAAGCUCCCCCACGGCAUCCUCACCGAGUUCGACGGCGACAGCCACUACGCCAUGGGCAAGCACAUUGAGCGCGCCCUCACGGAGCUCAUGGAGGAUGACGCGAGGAGCGGCCGAUCCGACGCGACCGACCUUGACCCGCGCGCCGACCAAGCCCAUGGUCGUCGGCAAAACGGAGCAUGA